AUGUUUGAUUUACCCAACGCGAAACGCGUCCGCCGAGACGAGGUCCAAUCCCCUGCCUCUUCCCGUGCACCUUCACCUGUCGAUGAGAACGACCUACAAGAUGCCCACGCUCGACUGGGCAAGCUGCUUGAUCUGGACGGAUUGAUGGAUCUUUCAUCAACGAUCGAUGCGAACAAAGACAACACAGCGAAGGCCACAGACUCACCAAACGAUGAGGACGAACAGGAAUUUGAAUUUCGCCUCUUCAGUGCGCCCGCAAAAUCCACGAACACUACAGCCAGCCAGAAUGCGACCGCAUCAACAGGUGGUGCCUCUACUCAGGCCAAUGGUACUAUAUUAGAACAAACCGAGCCGGUGAAAGCAGUCACACAGAAGCUGCGCAUUCGUUUACGAUCCCCGUCCCCGUCUGGGAACCCUUCCGAAGGCCGAUUUAUAAAAGCCUUCCGUGGUUGGCAAUAUUACGCCUCCACCCCGACACUCCUUGGACUGGAAGAGAGCGAAGAGGUGAAACAGAGUAUUGCUGCACAGAGACAGCGUUACGAGGAAAUCGCAGUCACUGGUGAUAUUGUGACAGCAUGGGCCAAAACACAGCCAUGGCCCGGCUGUGACCUUCCUUGGCGAGUCAUUCACCUGAAGCGUCAUCAGACCAAGAUGCCCCCCGCAUCGAAGGAUGUUCAAGUCUAUGUGAUCGACGGCGCUCCAGUCUCCAAGGCGCCAACCACGCGGAAAAAGCCUGGCAAGAAACGCCGUGUGCAACUACGCAAGAAGGUGGCCGCCGCAGUUGCGGCCAAGGAGCACGAAGCCGAGAAGAAGACUCGGAAGAAUCGAGAGCGAAAACUCAAGCGUCGGCAGAAGGCCCGCGAACAGAAAGCUGCGGCUGCCUCGGUCGGCGGUGCGACGGAUGGGGCCGACGCGACGAUGGUCGACGCGGAUGGAGAUGCAACAAACAGUGAUGCACAAUAG